AUGUAUGGUUGCGCCUUUCUUCCCACAAUCGGUCCUCCAAUUCUUCUGAUCAUCCUAGUGCUGAAACGUAGCUGCGAAUAUGACCGUCCGACCGGGAAGCGCGGCCCAAAGCGAGGAUCCAAGUGCGACGAUGACACGAUUCAAGAGCACGAACAGGUCAACUCCCCACCUCAAAAUGCAGUCGCACACGUUGCCUGUCAUGGUGAUCCUCCAACGCCAACCAGCGUCGACACACUCAAAGAGCGUCCUAAAUCCUCGUUACCAGAUGAUAAGAACGAACAGGCGUUGGUUGAAAGCCCAACUGGCCUCAUUGAGGAGAUGUAUACCGGAUGCUUGGGACUGUCCGCCGUCCCUGGUCUGCCUGAUAUAUCGCCGCUCCUCGAUACCAGCAACGCAAUCCUGGGUCUCGACAUUCCCAGCGAAGGCACUGGUCUCAUUACAGACACCUCUUACCCAUGUGUAAGUCCUAUAUGCACCAUACCUUUGAGCAUUGACAGAGAAUACCCGAUAUGCCGCUAUCCAUGUCUCCUUUCUGUCUUUCCAUUGGUGGAAACAGCCGACCUGUCACUAGAGGACGCCUGUGAUCUCCUGGACACCUACUUUGCGAAACACGAGACGUUAGACAUUGGAACUCGCUGUCCCUAUGUCCUGUCACCUAUCAUUCGAAGAGAAUCACUCCAGAGGCAAGACAGCUAUAGGCCGACCUCUCCCUUGCUAUUAUUGGUUAUUCUAUGGACCGUUUCGCAGACAGCAAACUUGGAGAUGAAUACAACCCAGCGCCUAUUUUCAAGUGUUGUGGCAUUGACAGGCCAGAGCAUAGGAAAUGGCGGAGUUGACGGGCAUGGGUAUUUCCAGCCUGGUGGUACUGAUGCAAAUCCCGAACGACAGAGAAUCACGAUGGAGUGCGAGUACGUGGACGAGACUCUAUCAUUUCUACUCUUGACAACUGCCACUUUAUCCAAGGGAUCCAACGCUAGCUGUCUUAGGUGGUUCAAUCAGGCUGUGGACCGGGUUAAGCAGCACGUCUCGCAUUCAGAUGACAGUGUCGCACAGUCUGCCGUAUCGGACGGGGUCCCUUCUGCAGGCAGAGAACAACAGGAAGAGUCAUACAGGGUAUUUUGGCUUGUGUAUUGCCUAGACAGGCAUCUCGCGCUGGCAUUCAACAAGCCGCUGCAGAUCAGUGAUUCAGAGGCCCAGAGUGUGAAGAGGCCUCUACCUGAGUGGGCUUGGGAAGCAUUUGACACCAUCCCAUUCGGGGAAUUACCAGCCCCAGAAUAUGGCCCAUCAACACAAGUACGAGAUGCUGGAUUCUUCGGCUACUUCCUUCCUCUCAUGACUAUCCUCGGAGACAUCGUGGAUUUCCGCCAGCUGAACCACAACCCUCGCCUUGGCGCUGUUGACCGGUCGUCUCAUCUGAAGGCCAUAGAAGGCGAGCUCGCUGAUUGUGAGCAGAGCCUUCAGGUCCUUCAGCUACCGAAAGGGUUAUUCUGCAUGUCCCCCAGUGAAAAUGGCAUUGAACCCCAAGCUCAAACUCAACUGCAAGACAUCCCCAAUACAGAAGCUACACACGCCAGCUCGGAACUCGAGACACAGAAACUAGCCCAAGUUGUGGCGAGUUAUAGCCAGUACAUGGUCCAUGUCCUCCGCGCCCUCCUCCACGGUGAAUGGGACCCAAUUUUAAUUUUAACUGACGAUGAUGGUAGCUGGGCUUCAUCUUCCAGUUUCCACGUCAGUACGUCCAGCUCAGUCAAUGCAGCACAACUUAUUCCAGAUAUCCUGCGGCGAGACAGGUAUCUGUCUUUCAUGCCACUUCUAUUCCCGAUCUACCUCUUCCAAGGGAGCUUGGCGUUCUUGCGAUUAGCGGAGCGUUUGAUGCAGGUUGGGCCGAACUCUUUCGUAGAGAAAGCUUCUACGCUCGAUACAGAGUUCCAGAGAAACGUCUGCAAGGCGUUCAGGUUAACUUUGCUGGCGUCGCGUGGCCAACAAGUGAUCAUACCCGAAUCGAAACUGCUUACUAGGAAGCUGCUUGCGCAGUAUAGGUGGAUAGGGGGUGCAAGGGGGGUUUAUAUGUGA